AAGUUUGAUCGCCUGCCACGUGGAGCCUCAGUCUGCCCCCAGGCCUAGAAGAGGAAGGUCCCUAGAACAAGACUGGACAAUGCAAACGGCUACUGCCAAAUCAGUUAUGAAGACAUUCUCAGAUUGUGCCUACCACAUAGAAAAGCAGCAGCUCUUUGAAGAGGCCAUAGCAACGUUAUAUGGGUUGGAGUAUGUGAUAACCAUAGGGCUACAGGGUCGAAUGAUGUUCCAAUGCACGGUGUGCAACAAAGAGAUGAACAGUGAACACGCUUUAUCUGAGCACAACCGCUCUGGCACCCAUCAGAAGAAUACUGACAAGGUCUACAGUGUGAAUCCAGGAAGCUCAUCAGCACUUGCCCAGCAGUACAAGAAAGAUUCAUUGCAAUACAAACUGGCCACUAGUAAUACUAAAGCUAUUGGAUUGCAAUUUGUUGAAGAGUUCGUUGAAAGAGAAGGUGCAGUAUCCUACUUCAAAUGCAAUUUAUGUGGUGCUCAUGGCCAAAUGGAACCUAUAUAUUGGCAUUUGAUUGGUACCAAACAUACAGAGAAAUAUGCUAACAUAAGGGUUGAGAGUACAUCAUCACCUGUUACGGCGAAGAAUCGAGAAGAGUACCGGAAGUUCAUUAUCGGUGCAGAGGGGCAGCGCCUCACAGAUAUAAAAACCAUUAUGGGUGUGGAACAUUAUCCAUAUGAAUGGAUUAAACAAGGACGAAAACAUCACAGCAGAGCUGCUGGUGGCACGGGUACAAGUCAAUCUGCACAGUCAGAUGAAGAAAAUAUGCCCAUGGAAGCUGGAGAAAUUGGCCAUGAAAAGAACAUAGAUGAGGCAGCAUCACUCACAGUUUCAGAGGAAUUACCAAAUGUGUCUCGUGUGUCCAUUGGAAUUCAGGCACAAAAUACAGAUGUGGAGCCUUUGGAGAACAUCAUGAACAAAUUAUGUAUGAUGAUGUCAUUAGGGGAUGACCCAGCCAUUAACAUUAAGAGUGAUGAGGAUGCCCUUGCCUGUCUUAACGUCAUGAAAGAUUUAUCAUUAACACUGUAUGAAGCCACCAAUUAUAAAUCAUCACAGACUGUGAAUCCGAGGGAAAGAGAAGAACUGGAUAUCCAAAAGAUGAACAUGUCCAAAGUAUUGGGACGUGUGAUGCAACGACUCAUACCGCAUCAUGAGGCUCAGCUCUCUACAAAGUUAAAUCAGUGAUUGUUAUAUUGAUUUUAUUGCUCUUCCCCAGAAAAUAUUUGAUUGUGUUAAAACAAAGAUAUUGUACUGGAAAUACUGUAUAUUUUAUUCUUAUUCUUCUUGUUCAUUGAGGAAAGUGUGAUUUUAUCAUCAUUAUUUUGUUUGUGUAUCGAUGGUCAUGUAGAAGAAGAAUAGCUUACUUUUUAAGCGAUAAAUUUUGCACUACAGUAUAUUUAUUGCUGGAAUAUAUUCCAUUAAGGUAAGUUAGAUUUGAUUUAGAAUAUCUGAUGAUAAUGUAGAAGAAAUAUACAAAUUAUAACAAUAUUCUUCCUAUUUUCCUCGAGGAUGUUUUAGAUUACAUUAUUACUUAUUCAAAUUCAUCUCACAGUUGGUAUUAUUUCUAAUAAAAUAACAGUAUCAAAUUUAAUUUUAAUUUGUAGUCAAGGCAUCCUGUGCUCUUCAUACAGUAUAAUUUGAUUGAGUAUUGUUCUUUCUGAAUUUGGCACCGAGGAAAUGUCCUGGUUGUGCCCAUUAUGUAUUGGGUAACUGGUUGUGCCCAUUAUGUAUUGGGUAACUGGUUGUGCCCAUUAUGUAUUGGGUAACAUGCAAGGCUACAGUAUAUUGUAGUCUAGAAUAUUUUUGUUUUUGAAUAUAAGGGUAAUCUUUGAUUAUGAUGUUCUUUCAAUUUUAUGGUGAAAUAUCAGUCAUUAGUAAAAAGAUCUGCAGUGAUAUAAUUCUUUUUGCAUUACAAGAACAUGAAAAAUCUGAUUGUAAAUGCAGGCAAUUUACUUUUUAAUAAAUGUGUUAGUAGU